CCAGUCACAGGUCAACUUCAGGAAUAAAAACAGAAGCGGAUGCCGAGAGAUGGGGUACCAAGAGAGCCCGUACAGAGGAUGAUACAGCUGGGGAAGCCAGCUGCUCUGAGCCCCUCUUAAGAUGCACUGUCACACUGCAGCCAGCAGAUGGCAACAAUGGGACAAGCCUGGGGGGUGAUGAUGAUGUGGGAUCCACCAGUUAUGUUGUUAAGAGCAUAUCUACGUUUCUCAGCGAGACAGAGCCAUACAUCUUGGACAUUGAUCUGGAUUUCUUCUCAUGUAAGAAUCCCUUCAAGGAGUUAUACACACAGGAAGAGUACACCAUCCUUAAGGAGCUCUACAACUUCAGAGGACCCAGCCCUGAUGCUGAUCAGGAGGAGCUUGAUGAGUGUGUGGACCAUCGUGUACAUCAGUUAGAAGACCUGGAAGCAGCGUUUGCUGAUCUGCUGGAGGAUGAUGGAGAAGAGACAGUUAGACGCUGGGCCAGCAACCCUGGCAUGGCUUCAUUAGCCCAACUGGUUUCCAGUUUGAAGUCGAGAAAUGUGUGCCCUGACUAUGAAAUGGUGCAUCAGGCGGGGUUAACCUGUGACUCUGUUGAGCUGCCACACCACAUCAGCACUGACGAGGAGAUCGACAGACACAUCUCAGCCGUACAGCUGUUUCUGAAGGCUCUGCCCAAACCCACACUGGUUACAAUGUCCAGGUCCAGCCUAGACGAAUACUGCCCAGUAGAGCAGGUGGAUUCAGUCCAGAGCAGAGUACUGGCUGUACUGGAGAGCCUUUAUGGACCGCUGGACUUGCACAAAAACUAUGAAAACAUCAGCACAGAGACUCCAGACUGCCAACCUCAGGCCUCUUAACACACACAUACACAUUUCACUUUUGGAUUCAGUGGAUGAACUGUUUGAUAAAGACAACCACAUGAAAAAUGACACACCAGAUGCUGUUAUAGUGAAUUUAUAUCCCAUGUCCAACAGCUGGAACGUGUUCGGAGACUAAUGUGUUAACGAGAGAAGUGGCCAUAGAAGUUUUUCAUCCUGGAUCUGGUUUUUGACAUUGACACUUUACAUACACAUAAGAAACUGUGAGAAUCCAGGUUAAAGUAGGUUGUCUGGUGACCGUACAUACUGGUCUGGUUUAGAACUGCAACGAUUAGUUUUCAGCUAUUAAAUGAAUCACCAACUAUUUUGAUAAUCGA